AUGAUAUCUGAUAAUCACUCCAAAAAGCUAAUCUAUCCAGCCUCUGGAUAUGUCAAAAAUGAUAUUAUCAGAGUUAAACCUGUAUCUUCUUUUCCAGCUCACUCUUCAUCAAUACCCCCAUCCCAUAAACAUUUUUAUAACUCUUUAGUGUCAUUGGUUCCUUUGUAUGCAGGCAGUGGAUGUACCUGGGUGGACUGUUAUGGAUGUGAUUUGCUUUUACCUUCUCUGUCCAUUACAAGAUUUUUCUUCUGUAGAAAUGUUUCUGUUCCUCCUUUUCUUCUUCUUAUCUCUUUAAUCAUCUUUCUUUUCUGUAUUCUUUGUACUUCUUUCUUCUUCUUUUCUACUUUUUUCUUUUUUACUCAUUCUUUUUAUACCUAUUUCCUUUCUGUUGUUAAUUCUUAUACCAUCUUAUCUGUUGCCCCUUUAUACUUCCUUUUUCCUUUGCCUCUUUUCUUUUCUUGGCAAUUUAUUUAUACUCUUUUCAUUUUUGCAGUGUUUUCUUUAUUCUUUUCUUCUCAUUACUUUAAAUUAUAUUUUUCUUGUUUUUUUUUUUUAAACAUUCUUUUUUUAUCCUUUUUUCAUAUUUAUUUUGUUCUAUUCCUCCUCUCUUACUUUCUUCCAGUUUCUUUCUUUAUUUAUUCAAUAUUUUUUUCUCCUUACUCUCCUUUUUACUUCCUUUUUUUAUUUAUACUUUUCUACAGCAAGUUCUUUCCCUUUCUCUUUUUUUUGUUUUUCUUUGAAUUUCUCAAUCUUUCCAUUACUAUUACGUUUUUCUUCCUUUUUUUAUUACUUCAUAUCUCUUUCCUUACUUGUAUCAUUUUUCUUUCUUUUGUGUUUUAUUCUUUCACCUCUUUCUAUUUAGAAUUUUUCUCUUUCUUUUUGGAAUUUUUCUCUCUCUUUUUAGAAUUUUUCUCUUUCUUUCAUAUUUAA